GUCUACUUAGAUUUUUUUUAACAUGAGACGCUAUUAAUGUCAUAUUAAAGCUUGGGAUUGCCAAAACAAUUUUCAUCUUUCUUCGUGUUAAAAAAGUCGUCAUUUUGAAAUUAAUCUGUCUAAAACAAAAGCAUAAUAACCUGCUCGUGCUGUACGUGAUGUCUGCGUUUUGUUAUGAAGCAAACUUCAUGUCUGGACACGGUUCAGAGGAAAAAUGCACCUUUUCUCCCCCUCUCUGCUGUUUGAUGACACACGGGUAAAAAAUUUGUUUGAUUUGAAUGGACAAGGCAGCCAGAAGCACACAGCCCAGCUAGUGAGGUCCAGUAAAGGUUCCACAAUGCCAGUGAAGAAGAGGAAACUACCUGAUGAUCAUGAGCACAAGUGUAAAAUUACAAGUUUUACUCGUCCUCAGAUCUGCGGUGUGAAGUCGCUCGGCUCUGACAAGCAGUUCUCCAGUAAACGGUGCCUGGCCUGGUUCCACAAGUAUGCCGGUCCCGACAAGGUGGUCGGACCAGAGGCCAUGGAGAAGUUCUGUGAAGACAUCGCUGUGGAGCCGGAGAAUAUUCUUAUGUUAGUUUUAGCCUGGUAUCUAGAAGCAGCAAACAUGGGGUACUUCACAAAAGAUGAGUGGCUCAGGGGGAUGACAGUAUUACAAUGUGACUGCACAGAGAAGUUACAGAGCAAACUGGAUUACCUAAACAGUGAGCUCAACGACGCUUCAGUCUUCAAAAACAUCUACAGAUAUGCCUUCGACUUCUCCAGAGAUAAGAACCAGAGGAGUUUGGACAUGGACACAGCCAAAUCCAUGCUGACUCUGCUGCUCGGGAGUACGUGGCCUCUCUUUCCAGUCUUCCACCAGUUCCUGGAGCAGUCCAAGUACAAAGGCUUAAAUAAAGACCAGUGGUGUAAUAUCCUGGAGUUCAGCAGGACCAUCAACACAGACCUCAGUAACUACGAUGAAGACGGAGCUUGGCCGGUGCUGCUAGACGAGUUUGUUGAAUGGCAGAAGACGAGGUCAUCGUCUUCAUAGACUUCACAUCGCCAACAAGAGGAAACCAAAACUACAAACUGCAGAGGCAAAACGGUUUCUGGUUUCAUAAGCAUGGACCGCAGAACCCGCUGUGGACUCUAGAUUCACUCAGAUCCCCUCAGAUUCUCUGUCUCAUCGUCCAGCUGUUGUUAAGGACCCUUUCAGAAUAUAAGUUUUUUCUUUUUUUAUAGCGUUAGAUUGGAAGAAAGAUUCAGUAAAAAGUUCUUAAAGGAAACUAAAUGGACUAAAGGAUCUGUGGAGGUUGUUUCCUGAUACUUUUUCCUGUUUUGUGUUGUUUAGAUAUUUUCAGGUUUAUUGAGGAGGUGGAAGAACAAGAAGCGACUUCAGAAUAAUCGGUGCAACGUGGAGGGUUGUCACCAAGCACUUAUUAGGCACGAGUGCACUUCACUAAUUGAUGCAUUUA